UUAUUCCCUCGAUCUCCUACAGAUUGUCAUUCGAGGGGGCGUGCACAACCAUUUAUUGUUUAUUUGUUCGUUAUUAAAUACGACCAUUCUAGAGAUUUCCAUUUGAGUGGGGAUUCCCCAUUGCGUCAUGUGCCUAUUCAACAAUGAGGAACUGAAGGAGGAACACCGAAAAACGUACCGUAUUUUGCACAGUCUCCUAUAAUCGAAUACACAAGACAAAACAAAUGGCUAUGUCUAAAUGUGAUGCCUUACAAAUCUGCGAUAAGCUUGAGGAAUUACUUUCUUGCGCCGUCUGCUUUGGUGUCCUGGAGAAUGCCAGGGAUCUACCUUGUGGUCAUUCAUUCUGCUUAUCGUGUUUACAGGAAUACGCUGGCAUUAGAGGAUGGACAGAUACUGCCAAUUGUGGUCUCUGCCAGAGGAGCCAUCAGUUACCACCCGGAGGCUUGGCGGCCCUUCCGCAGAAUUUUAAGCUCAAGUCUAUCAUCGAGGAAUUGUUAGGAUGGCAGAAGCUGGCUGAAUCUGCGAGCAAGGCUAGGGAAGAGACAAAAAAGAUGGCAGUCGGUAGAGCUAAUCACCUCCCUUCCCACACCGGUUUGAUGAUUGGUAGCGUUGGUACUACUCAACAGAUUUCACAGAAUUCGAGUGAGCGGCAAAAGGACAAACAAAAGAUGAACAUAAGACAGGUUGUUUCGAGGCCUCCACCUCCAGCUCCAAGUAGGCGGCGCACCAUUAAUUGGGUGGAAGCCUUGCAGCAACAAACUCAGCAACAAAACCAACAACAACAGGGGAUGGUGAAUCGUCCAACUUCACAGAUUCCAAGUAGGCGGCAAACUAGCCCUUUGGAAGCCUUCCGACAAACCAUGCAAGAAAACCAACAACAACAACAACAACAGGGGGUAGUCAAUCGCCCAACUACACAGAUUCCAAGUAGACGCCAAACUAGUCCUUUCGAAGCCUUCCGACAAACCAUGCAAGGAAAUCAACAACAUCAACAGGGGGCAGUGAAUCGUCCAACUCCACAUGUUCUAAGUAGGCGGCGAACCAUUAACUUUGGGGAAGUCUUGCAGCAACAAACUCAGCAACAAAACCAACAACAACAGGGGGGAGUGGAUCGUCCAUCUUCACAGAUUAGACGGCAAACUAGCCCUUUGGAGGCCCUCCGACAAACCAUGCAAGAAAACCAACAACAACAACAACAAAAGGGGGUAGUGAAUCGUCCAACUCCACAUGGUCUAAGUAGGCGGCGAACCAUUAACUUUGGGGAAGUCUUGCAGCAACAAACUCAGCAACAAAACCAACAACAACAGGGGGGAGUGGAUCGUCCAUCUUCACAGAUUAGACGGCAAACUAGCCCUUUGGAGGCCCUCCGACAAACCAUGCAAGAAAACCAACAACAACAACAACAACAAAAGGGGGUAGUGAAUCGUCCAACUCCACAUGUUGUAAGUAGGCGGCGAACCAUUAACUUUGGGGAAGUCUUGCAGCAACAAACUCAGCAACAAAACCAACAACAACAGGGGGGAGUGGAUCGUCCAUCUUCACAGAUUAGACGGCAAACUAGCCCUUUGGAGGCCCUCCGACAAACCAUGCAAGAAAACCAACAACAACAACAACAACAAAAGGGGGUAGUGAAUCGUCCAACUCCACAUGGUGUAAGUAGGCGGCGAACCAUUAACUUUGGGGAAGUCUUGCAGCAACAAACUCAGCAACAAAACCAACAACAACAGGGGGGAGUGAAACGCCCAUCUUCAGAGAUUAGACGGCAAACUAGCCCACUAGAAGCCCUCCAACAAACCAUGCAAGAAAAUCAACAACAGCAACAAGUAGAGAAUCAUCCAAGUUCACAAAUGCCAACUGGACGGCGAAUAAGCUUUUGGGAAUCCCUCGGACAAACUCAGUAAUAAAACCAACAACGUAGAGCAACAGGGAGUGGCGAAUCAUCCAACUCCACAGAUUCCAAGUGAGUCGCAAACAGGCUUAGGCCUCCAGGAAGUCCUCCAGCAAACUCAGCAAGUAAACUAACAGGAACAGGUGGUCAUGGUAGCUGUGAAUCCUUCUCCACUAGACUCCAUGAAGACGGCAAACUGUAACCUUCAGAAAAUGAAGCAAAUCAACAGCAACGAUUAACAGGUGGUGGUGAUCGCGCUCGACUUCAUGUGAGUCACAUCAGAUCUUGCAUCAAGGAACUUAAUUAAUUUAGUAAUCGACAACAACAGCGCAAGAUCAUCGUCUGACCCUACACUGCGUGAUUCCACGUUCUGAGCAGGAAAAAUAUUUUUCAUACAUUAAAGGGCGAGUCCACCCAA